AUGCCUCGGGGCACCCCUGUCCCCCUGCCCCAGCUCCGGGCAGGGGUGGGGGGCACUGUCCCCGCUGCAGCUGCCGGGGGGGGCUCAAGGGGUCCCCCAGCCCCCCCGCCCUGCCCCCGCCUGCUCCACGGCCGGAGCAGGAGGAGGAGGAGGAGAAGGAAGGCACCUGUCGCUGUCACUGUCCCCCCGGGGCGCCUGGUUCAGGCUCCCUCCGGCACUGGGCAGGGCUCGGAGGGCCCCGCGCAGCCCCCGCCCCUCGCUGCAGCUGCCGGGAGGGCUCAGGGGGGCCCCCAGUCCCCCGUCCCGCAGCUGCUCCCGGUACCCCCGAGGGGGGCAACACCGCUUGCAGUUGCCCCGGGCAGCAACUGCCGCGGCCCGGGGAUCCCUAGGGCUGCCCCGGGGCCUCCGCCGCAGUCUCAGGGCCCCCCGAACCCCGGCUCCACCCGGAGCAGCUGCGGGGGGGGCCCGGGAUGGGGCCGGAGCAGCUGCUCCGCUCGGCCCCGGGGGGCUCGGGGCGGGGAGGGGCCACGGGGGGAGCGGGGGUCGCGCCGGGUCCCGGUGACGGUGACAGUGACGGCGGUGGCGGCUCAUGCGCAGGCGGGUCCCCGCGUGUCCUCAGAUGAGCCCGAGCCCGCAGGGAGCCGCAGCGCGGGGGGCGGGGGCUGCGGCACCCACGGCAGGGCACGGAGGAGACACGCGGUGGCACAUACACGCCUGACACACACUGCACGCAGCCGUGAGAGCGGCACAGAAGCCUUACUCCCCACUGUAAAACUCCAUUUGCAAAAAUCUGCUACGUCAGGAGUGCUCGGAGCAGGAGGAGUUCGUCGCGUCGGCCUCAUCUGCGCUAGUGGUAACACCCAGGACCUGCCUCCGGCCCCCGGAGCCGCCCCCCGGCCGCAGGGAAGGGACACGGGGGCCCCGACCCCCCGGCCCCCCGGCCGCCUAAAGUGCAGGGACGUCAAGGCGAGCACUCAGGGAGGGAGGCAGUGCUCCCAGGAGAUCUGCUGCUCGGAGGGGGAUCCAGUUCUCAGAGGAUCCAGCUCUCCAAGGAGGAUCCGGGACUCAGAGGAGGAUCCAGCGCUCCAAGGAUCCAGUUCUCAGAGGAUCAAACUCUCUGAGGAGGAUCCAGCUCGAAGAGAAGGGUCUGACACCUGGAGGAUCCAACUUGGAGGAGGAUCCAAUGCCGGAAGGAGGAUCCAACACUCAGUAGAGAGCUGGUGCUUAGAGGAUCCAGCUCUUGGAGGAUCCAGCCAUCAGAGGAUCCAACUCUUGGAGCAUCUGGCUCUCGGAGGAGGAUCCAGGUCCCAGAGGAGGAUCUGGCUCUUGGAAGAUCUGGCUCUCGGAGGAGGAUCCAGUGCUCCCCCACUGAUGUUUGUCCAAUCUCCUGGCCCGUUCUUUGCCCCGGAUGUGCCAGGGGAGCCGCCCGUGCCAGACCCGCUCUCAGCCGCUGCUCCAAGGCUGGAGCCCCCCAGGCCACUGUUCUGGGGCCACAACCCCGUGGGCUCUGGGCUGUCCUUCCCGAAUCCAGGCUGUCCCACCGAUACCCAACCCUAGCUCCGGCACCACUGGCUCAACCGGCUCCAGGAGCCGAUGAGGGCGACGGCCUCACCCUGCGGGAACACCCGGGAGCAUCCACGGAGCUGCCUGGGAUUUCCCACUGGGAGGACCUGCCAAGCUCCCUGGGGCGUCACCCCACAUACCCCCAGGGCUCCCUCAGCUGCUUUUUUUUUUUUAUCUUUUCCAGUUUUUUGCGAUUUUUUUCCACUUUUUGCUUUUUUAUAAGAGAGGUUGGCAAGGGGUUGGGGUUGGUUUGUCACCAACUCAAGGAGCCGCCGCUGGCAUGGCCCCACCCAUCCCAUCCCCUGCCGCCCACAAAUCGCCUGGGAACGAGGCAGGAGAAUCCCGAUUUUCUUCCAUAUUUUUUAGGACAAAAGGAAUUGAAGCUGUUUGAACUUCCCCUGGAGGUGCUGCUGGCCCCAGGCCUGGCCAUUUGGGGCAUUUCUAGCGGGUUUUGGAGCACUGGACAGGAUUCCCAACUUUCUGUCUGUACAGCCAUCGUCACGCUCUCCAUCGGCCCUUCUGGGGCAACAAAGCUGGAAGUACCAGGAAUUUGGGAUAUUUUUUCCCCCCCACUUGUGGUUUAAAAAUAAUAAAAAAAGCAAUUUGCCCAUUUUCUACAGAAUUCAACCCAAACCCAACCAACUCUGAUCUAUGUACACACGGCCAUGUCUAUACACACAGAGAUGGGAACAGGGGCCCAGGGGAGAUGCCGGCACUGUCCUGCUUUCCUGGGAAACACCCACCGGCUCCUGGGGGGUUCCAAGAGAGAAAAAACCCCCAAACUGCCCCAAGCCCCCU